UAAACAAUGAAAUUUCAGCGUCCAAUUUCGUGAACGCCUGCGCCUUUUCCUUACGAGCGUGGAAGUUUACAGUCGUUCUUAGACCGAUGUAAUAGCCUAUACGUUAAACUAGAACUCUAUCGAAAUGUAGAAUAAACAAACAAAAAGAACAUAAAAAUCGAAACUAACGUGCCUUUAUUAAGUCCAAGGAUAUCUAAGAAAAAUGGGAAGAAGAAACAAGUGCAAACCCCGUCUAAUACCGCCUCAAGAUAAAAGAAUUUGUGGCUGUAUCUGUUUCUGUCAGCUAGUGGUCGUCUUAAGUUGUGUAUCUCUGAUUUACUUGACCGUUGCGAUUUACAUACCGUCGUACAGGGCUUUCAGAUCGAAUUUCGAAGAGAGGCCCGUCAUGUGUCAAACAAUAAACACCAGCUUGCUCAAUAAUUGUAGCUGGGCAUCUUGUGGCGAAUGGUGUCUCACCAAAGCGUCCGGAUUUUGUCCGCAAAUCCACGCUACGACGAGACAAAACGGCACCAGGGUGCAAUUUCAAAAUUGCACCCUUUUCAACACGUCGUUUUGCCCACCUGUAAACACCAACAAAUUGAAAAGGCACAACUGCAACAACGGCACCGAGUGCAGCUCUUUAAGAGGCGUUUUCAACUGCUCUUUGGGACACUGCAUGAACAUCUCCCAAAUAUACGAUUGCCACUACAAAGCCGACGGAUUUACGGUCGACAGUGACAAAGACAACAUGAAGCUGAACGGAUUUUUCGAAUGCAAAGGCUCCAAGUGCAUCAAAAUCAAGAAAGCAUUCAGCUGCGAUCGGAUAUGCAAAGAAAAUGUUACUUCAAAUGGUCGCAAUAUAUUUAUUAAUUCCGGUAACAGUGUACACCAAGCUUACUGCGAUCUAGCAGUCGCGACUACGAGAACCAAUGGCAACGAAGAAGGAUUCGAAAUUGAACCAACCAAAUUUUGGACCAAGAAACACAACGAAACCUUUAUGGUUUCCUGCCAUAUCGUACACUACAGCCCACAAAACCAAACCAUAAACGCUACUGACUGUAUCAACGGGACUUUAUACAAUUCAUCGUCAUUUCCCCAGCCGAUCGUGACUUUCCGUCAAUUCUGGAGUUUGAUGGGAAAGCACAGAGAAGUUUUGGACCCGACUAAUAAUUUCGUACCCGCGCAACAAUAUCUAACAAUUUACAACCACUCACGUUUACUAAUUAACUUGGAUGGUUGCGUGAACACUCUGAAAGGAGAAUGUUUGCAAUUUUUGGAGUCUCACGGAAGUGAUGGAAAAAAUCAAACUGCCCAAGCAAGAUACCCAUGUUUUUACAACAAGAAUACCUCGUUUUCCGUUAUUUCAAGAUACGAUCUCAAGAAAACUUGGCGAGACUUGGUGAUUGCCAUAAGCAUUCCCUCUGUACUUUUCGUGGUUUCCUUCAUAACCUUGUGCGCUAUAAUGCAGUCGGUGAGGGUGGAUGACGAUACCAAGAUGAGAUGCAAAUACUGCUUUGGCAAAUACAACUCGGACUUGACGGAAAUGAUAACGGCGAACAACAAGUACGAAGUCUCAUCGCCAGAGUCCGAUGGCGGCGUCUCGCGGAGAAUCCACGACAUUUCAAGUUAACAUCAAUUGGUGUAAAUUCCAAUCAGAGUUUUCCUAGUCACUAUAGUCUGCCUUUACACAACUAACUGUUUUAAAUGUUGCCCAUCAUCCACAAUAAUUUAAAAUCCAUAAAACAAAACCACCAUUUUUGAGAUUGAAUUGUAGCCAAAAAAUUAUCUAAAUUUGAUUUGAUUGUGGACUGAAAUUGUGUCAAGUGAGCUUUCAUUGUUAAAUUUGUUGUUGAAGAUGGCUUGCAACUAUAUACCUACUAUAUUCUAAAAAUUAUAUAUACAUCUAACUUUU